GGGCUCCAGAGCCAAUUCAUUUUGGCGGUUCAAUUUCAACAUGGCUGAGGUGAGCCAUGGUAAUGAGGCUGUGGAGAAGGGGCCUGAGGGGUCAUCUCCGGAGUCUGUGCCAGUUGAUACGACCAUCUCCAGGGUGAAACUCCUCGACACCAUAGUGGACACUUUCCUCCAGAAACUAGUCGCCGCCAGGAGCUACGAGAGAUUCACCAGCUGUUACAAACACUUCCACCAGUUGGAUCCUGAGGUGACAAAGUGGGUCUAUGACAAGUUUGUGGCUCAGUUACAGACAUCCAUCCGGGAGGAAAUCUCAGAAAUAAAAGAGGAGGGGAACCUAGAAGCUGUCUUGAACUCCCUGGAUAAGAUCGUAGAAGAAGGCAAAGCCCGCGGAGAACCAGCUUGGCGACCUAGUGGGAUCCCAGAGAAAGACCUGUGCAGUGUCAUGGCACCCUACUUCCUGCAGCAACGGGACACCCUGAGCCGCCGAGUGCAGAAGCAGGAGGCCAAGAAUGAGGAACUGGCUGGUGCUGUUCUGGCCGGGCGCAGACAGGUGGAGGAAAUGCAGCAGCAGGUCCGGGCCCUCCAGCAGGCAUGGCAGGCUCUUCACAGAGAGCAGAAGGAGCUGCUGUCAGUGCUGAGGGCACCUGAGUGAGGAGCACUGGGCCCAGAGCAGACGGCAGUCGCAGCGGGGGUCCUGUGGAGGUCCUGUGGAGCCAGUUCCCUACCCCCACUGCUUAGGUCCUGGUGGGGUCACCCACACACCACCUUCAGACUCACGCCACCAUCUUCUGCCUGCAGGACUGGCGCUCCCACCCUGGGCAUCAGACACCAGGCUUUGUCUCCUGGGGCUGCAGCUGGCGUUGCCUCCACACCCUCCCGGUUCACCAGACCUCCCUGGACCGGACUGGGGAUAGUGUUUCCAGUAUGCACUGAUUGCUGCCUUGCAGGCUAGCCCAAGGGCCCUUGCCAUGUUCUCCCCACAUCUGUAAAUAAACUUCCUCUACCACACUGUAA